AUGUACAACCCGCAGGUGCCGUCGAUCCUGGCGCACACCAUGCAGCCCUUCCCGCACCCCAUGAACUUGUGGCAGCGCACCUGGACCCUCUUUCUCCACGCGCACUACAAGUUGACGGUCUGGUGGCGGCGGCCCGUGCAGGACAGCCUCAUCAAAAGGUUCUUCGGCGACAAAGCUCCGAGAGUGGAACAACUGAGGCAGCACGUUCACGUCGCCCUCGUUAACGAAAACCCCGUCCUGGAGGCGGCCAGACCCUUGCCGCAGAGCCUCAUCCCCGCCGGCGGCAUGCACGUCAAACCCGCCGACCUGGGCAGGAUCCCGUCGGACCUGCGCAAGUGGAUGGACGAAGCGGAAGACGGCUUCUUAUUCGUGUCGUUCGGAUCUAUUAUAAAAGGGAAGGAUAUUGAUCUCGUCAAGAAGCGCGCGCUCGUGCACAGCUUUGCAGCCCUGGCACCCGUCAGGGUGCUGUGGAAGAUCGAGCCGGACGCGGUGGGCGAGGAGCCGGUGGCCGCUAACGUGAGGGUUGAGGCAUGGGCGCCACAGAACGACCUGCUCGCCCAUCCUAAACUACGCCUCUUCGUCUCGCAUUGCGGGGGCCUCAGUGUGCAAGAGGCCUCGUACCACGGCGUGCCCAUGUUAGGGACGCCCUUCGCCGUUGACCAGUUCGUCAACCUGGAGAAGGUCGUCGACCAAGCGAAAGUACAAGUCAAGUGGCUGGCCCAGAGUGCAAGGUGGUGA